GUACCUAUCCAUUUCAACAUGAAAGAUGACGCAAUGUUUCUUGUUUCCUGCCAAUACUCCUUUCACCGCAAAUACAAACUGUCCUCCGCACAUCUUUUCUCCGCUGGCCUUGGCUUCACCUGAGAGAAAGAGAGGGAUGUUGCAGUGCAUCUUUCUUGUGUCGGAUUCCGGAGAGGUGAUGCUAGAGAAACAGCUCUCUGGGCACCGCGUGGAUCGUUCCAUAUGUACAUGGUUCUGGGAACAAGCCAUUUCUCAAGGUGACUCCUUCAAGCAACAACCGGUAAUUGCUUCUCCUACGCAUUAUAUUUUCCAAGUUUUUCGUGAGGGAAUCACUUUUUUGGCGUGCACUCAAGUUGAAAUCCCACCCUUGAUGGCCAUUGAGUUCCUUUGUAGGGUAGCUGAUGUCCUCGAUGAUUAUUUUGGUGGCUUGAACGAAGACAUAAUUAAAGACAACUUUGUCAUUGUAUAUGAGCUGCUGGAUGAGAUGACAGAUAACGGCUUCCCCCUAACUACAGAACCAAAUAUUCUGCAAGAGAUUAUUGCUCCACCAAAUCUUGUCAGCAAAGCCUUGAGUGUUGUGACUGGCAGCAGUUCGAAUGUGAGUGAUAUGCUUCCAGGGGCUAUGGCAUCUUGUGUUCCCUGGAGAACAGCAGAGCCAAAGUACUCCAACAAUGAAGUUUAUGUCGACCUUGUUGAAGAAAUGGACGCAAUUAUAAACAGGGAUGGGGUUUUGGUGAAAUGUGAGAUCUAUGGUGAAGUUCAAGUAAAUUCCCGUAUCUCAGGUCUUCCUGAUCUUACUGUUUCAUUUGCAAAUCCUUCCAUCCUAGAUGAUGUGAGAUUUCAUCCGUGUGUUCGUUUUCGGCCUUGGGAGUCCCAUCAAAUUCUUUCAUUUGUGCCUCCUGAUGGACAAUUUAAGCUUAUGAGCUACAGAGUUAGAAAGUUGAAGAGCACCCCAAUAUAUGUAAAACCGCAGUUAACUUCAGAUGGUGGGACAUGCCGUGUUAGUGUAUUAGUUGGAAUAAAGAAUGAUCCUGAAAAGACAAUUGACUCUGUUACUGUUCAGUUUCAGCUUCCUCCUUACAUCUUAUCAGCUGAUCUGACUUCAAAUCAUGGAACAGUAAACAUCCUUGCUAAAAAGACAUGCAUCUGGUCCAUUGGUCGGAUCCCAAAAGAUAAAGCCCCUUCUAUGUCUGGAACAUUUGUGAUUGAAACUGGAUUGGACCGCCUUCAUGUCUUCCCUACAUUUCAAGUGGAUUUUAGGAUUAUGGGUGUUGCCCUCUCUGGUCUGCAAAUAGAUAGACUGGAUUUGAAGACUGUACCAUACCCAUUUUACAAAGGCAUUCGAGCUCUUACUAGAGCAGGUGAAUUUGAAGUUAGAUCAUAAUUUUGAAUCUAUAGUUGAAUCACACUAUAGUGUGGAUUUGAAAUUUUAUUGCCUGUGACAACAUUGGUUGGUUUCUUAUGCAAAGUAAGUCGACAAUGUUUUCUUCUGGUCAUGAGUUAUUCUUUGGUGGAUUUUGUUCUGGUUAUCUGACUGAAGCGCAUGGUUAUUUGAAGUUUCUUCGGUCCAUUAUCAAAGGGAGAACCAUCAAAUUCUCUGUAGUUUUGUUUCAGUGGCCAAGGUAGCCACCAGUAGGGAUCUUUUUGUGUAUUUAUUGUUAAAACCCUUACAUAUCACAAAGAUAAUAUUUUAGAUACCAAUUUUCUAAUACUUUAUAAGCAUACUAUAGAAAAGUAUAUUUGUUGAAUGUGUUGUAAGUCUAAUGCAGCCCACACAGUAUAAAUUUAUACUUAUUUAUAGAAUUAAAUACAAUUAAUUUCUACCUAAUAAUUAGGAAUCAAUCAUCCUAAUUUUUUAGAAUAUGUAACUGUUAAUUUCCUAUAAAUCUGUAAAGGUUAAUGACUAAUUACAUUCUAACACUCCCCCUCAAGCUGGAGCAUAUAUGUCAUAUGUAUCAAACUUGUUACAAAUGUACUCAAUCCAAGAGCCUCCAAAGGACUUGGUGAAUAUGUCAGCCAGCUGAUCGCUAGAAUUGACAAAAUCAGUAGUAAUUUUUCUAGAGAGCACAUUUUCUCUUACAAAGUGACAAUCAAUCUCUAUGUGUUUGGUUCUUUCAUAGAAGACCGGGUUUGAUGCAAUGUGAAAUGUAGCUUGAUUGUCACAUAUAAGUUUUGUUUCAUGUAUGUCCUCUAUUUUUAGUUGUAGUAGUAGUUGCCUAAACCAUGUAAGCUCACAAGUGGCUGCUGCCAUAGCAUGAUAUUCUACUUCUGCACUAGAUCUGGCAACUAUGUUUAGCUUCUUGCUUCUCUAUGAGAUCAAAUUUCCUUCGAUAAGAACACAGUACCCAAAAGUGGAUCUUCUAUCUGAUGGUGAUCCUACCUAAUCCGCAUCAAAAUAACAAGUGAUUGUAGCAUUGCCUUUGUAUAACCUUCGUCCUAGAGCAGGAGAUGAUGCUUGAGGAUUAGUGGAGUGAGUCACAACUGGAUUUUGAGGUUGUCCGUAGUAUUGAAGCAAUGGAGGUAGAGGAGAAGCAAUUACUUGAGUCAGAACAGGUAGAAUACAUGAGACUUAUAAAGAGUCUGUUGCAAAAUUGGCAUCUAAUACAGUAGAAGUGGAGACGGGAGUAGUCUCGAAAAAGGUAACAUUGGUAGAAACAAUAUAUUGUUGAAGUUGAGGACAAAAACAAUGAUAGCCCUUCUGAAGGCAUGAGUAACCAAGGAAAAUACACUUGAGAGAUUUAGCAAAAAGUUUAUCUUUACCUGGAGUAAGGUCAUGGACAAAGCAUGUGGAACCAAAGACACAAAGAGGGAUGAAGUAAAGAUCUUGUGGUGGAUAUAAGAGAGAGUGAUGAACCUGAUUAUUAAGGAUAGAAGAAGGCAUGCAGUUGAUUAGAUAACAUGCUGUGAGAAUGGCAUCUCGCCAAAAGCGAAGAGGAACAUUGUGGUGAAGAAGAAGAGUAUUGGUAUUGUCAACCAAGUGCCGAUUCUUUCAUUCAGCAACAUUAUUUUGUUGUGAUAUGUGAGAGCAAGAUGUUUGAUGAACAAUACCCUAUGAACUUAGAAAAGAUUGAAACUUGGAAGACAUAUAUUUAUGAGCAUUGUCAGUGCAUAAAAUUUUAAUAGAUGUGCCAAAUUAAUUUUGAAUUUCAGUCGAGAAAUCUUGGAAUAUAGAAAAAACAAUUUUAACAAAUUUUCAUAAAGAAUAACCAAGUACAUCGGGAAAAAUUGUCAAUGAAAGUAACGAAGUAAUAAAAAUCCAAAGUUAAACUAACACGACUAGGACUCCAAAUAUCUGAAUGAACCAAGGAAAAAGGUGACAAAGCACUUUUAUUAACUCGAAGACCAUAGGUAUGACGAGUGUGUUUUCCUAACUGACAAGACUCACAUUGAAAAGACGAACUAUGAGAAAAACUUGGAACCAUUAGACACAUUUUGGUAAUACUAGGAUGACCUAAGCGUUGAUGCUCAAGAGCUAGAGACAAGCAACCAAUUGUGCCAGAUAGUAUAAUCCUUGAUAUUCAUGUCUUGCUCUAAUCAUUUGUUCGGUAUGCCAAUCCUGAACAAGAAUAAAAUUAUUAGCAAAAAAAGCAAAGUAAUUUUGGGUACGAGUGAGCUUGCUUAUGAAGAUUAAAUUAAAAGGACAAGCAUCAAAUCUAGGUUAAGAUUAAAAGAGGGUCGUGUUUGACCAAUGUCAUGAACUUUUAUUUGAGAGUCAUUUGCCAUGGUAACAGAGGGUAAAGAGUCCAAAUAAGAUAUAUGAGAGAAAAGGGACUUGUUACUAGACAUAUGAUAAGAGGUACUGGAGUUAAGAAUCCAAGGUCCUAGGGAAGAGGACUGAGAAACAAAAGCUAUAGGAUUACCAGAUUGAGCAAUGAUGCCGAUAGGUUGGGUACAUGGCUGCCUUAUAUUGGAGAAAUUCAUUGUAGGCAUCAGUUGAAAUUGAAACCUCAUCAGAUGCUCAUGGAGAAAUGACCUGAGCAAUAUUAGUUGUCGUGGGUUGUUUUUAUGCCUUUGUACGACAUUCUGCCUUAGUAUAGCCAUACUGUUGACAAAAAAAAUGCAACGAGACCGUUGACUACGAUAGCCACCACUAAUUCCACUUCGUGCACCCUGGUAGGAAGAGUGCGAGUAAAAGGCAGAUGAAGUGGUCGAAGAUAUAAGCGAAUGCCCAAAGCAUAUGAGGAAUUAAGAGGCGAAGUAAUUGUUUACUAACGGUGUCAUAAGAUGGAACAACAAUGUUCGAUAAUAUUUGAUUGUGGACAAAGUCAAACUUAGGAGGAAGUCUAGCAAGUGCAAGAACCAUAAAAAACUUUCCACUUUGUUCAACAUGUUUGUCUGCAUCAUUAGUGAAAGGCAUGAGUGCAUCAAAAUCAACAAUUAAGCGAUAGAGCUUACUAAGAUAGGUCUGUAUAUCAUGAUUUUCCAGCUUCACAUAAAUAAGGUUAGAGACAACAUUGUAAAGCAAUAAACAUCAUUGGAGUAUACUUUCUUAGCUUUGUUCUAGACAUCAUAACAGGUAGUAAAAACUUGGUAUUAAGGCUGCAAUUUGACAACAAUAUAGAAUCAGAGAAUGCUACACAAUGAGGCAUCAAUUUGCUUCUAUCAGGCUUGAUCAUUACUUGGAAUAUCAUUGGCCUAUUUGGUUAUGUGGUCAUCACAACCUUGACCCUGAAACCACAGCUGGACAGUAGCAGCCCAAGAGUUGUAGUUGCUCGUUCCAGUCAAUUUUUCAUAUGAAAUCAGCGAAACAAUGGUAAAAGUCACUGCAGAGGCGGUAUUCAAGUGUGAACUGUCAGAAGCCAUGAGAAAUAAAUAUGAAAUAGGGCUAAAAAGGGGUGCCAAGGUGUGAGGGUGAGCCAGCAAGUGAGUCAUGUCGGAAAGUGGAAAAACCACAGUUUGAUAUGGGCACGUGAAACACAUGCACUAGAAAAAAGCCGCGUAUGCAGUGGCGGAUUGGAGUGGCGAACGGAGCUUAGUGGUCGUCGGGGGAAGGUGGUUUUGGUUGCAAUGCUCACCAAAGGAAAGGGACGCUUGGUGACGGAGGAAAAGGGCACAGUGGCUGCAGGGUACU